CCCGCAGUUACUCGCACAAGGGGAAUGUGAGGCCAUAAUGGCGGCCACAUCACGUUCGGGAAUGUUAGAAAUUUUCACGAAAGAUGGGUGGAAACGAGUACUGGCCACCCUUGAUGACGAUGUUUUAACUCUUAAUGUAGAAGAUAACUCUGCAGUGAAUGGCCAGCCGGCUUCCCCUAGCCCGCCGCGUUCACCAGAAGCGAACGACCAUGUGGAACCACCACAAACGAUCGCGGACCAAAUACGUACCGUGCGUGUGAUAAAGCAAGAAGUCGGUGGUUUAGGCAUCAGUAUCAAAGGUGGCAAGGAGAACAAGAUGCCUAUACUCAUUUCUAAGAUUUUCAAAGGGCUAGCUGCAGAUCAAACGGAGAGUUUGUACAUAGGAGAUGCUAUUUUGGCAGUAAAUGGCGAAGACCUUCGCAAUGCUACUCACGACGAAGCCGUCAGGGCGCUGAAACGCGCCGGCAAAGAGGUCGAUUUGACUGUGAAAUACGUUAAAGAAGUUACGCCUUAUUUCCAUCGUACAGCUGAAUUAAACGCAAGUGGUGCUGCAAAUGGGAGUGCUAACAGUGAUCAAGGAGGAAGCAAAGCGAAUUGUAUCGAAGUGAAGAAAAUUCCUCUCAAGUUGUGCUUCGUUACUAAACACGUUUCGCCGAAGGUGGAAAGUCCUGGAAGAACUUUCGAGCUUUAUAAUCCUGAUGGCAGAUCGGCUUGUAUUUUGCGAGGAAAAGAUGGAUCGUCGGCCAAUCAAUGGUUUAUUGAUAUUCAUACAAAUAUCACACGGUUGAUUACACCAGGUAUGUUGUGUAUCGUAUCAUGCGAUUUCACGACUCGACAAUUUGCGCCAUAAAAUUGGGCGUCGAAGUCGGAAAUAUCAUUCGCGAUUUUUUUUACAAACGAUCUCAAUCUUCUUGAUCAUCGGAUUUAGGGCUUAACUCUUCACUUAUCUUCCAGAGGCGGGGUGAAUUAACUAAUUCGUAGUUUUUAUUCAGCAGUUGAGGCGAAUCUAACGUGUUAUUUUGCAUCUGCAUGCUUGAAAUUGCGAACUCUUUUAAACACUAACUAAAUUUCCCCUUAACGCGGCUUAUUUUUUAUAGUCCUGAUCUGUCAAGUGCUUGUUACUUGAAAAAAUAAAUCGAGGGUUUUAACAAGCGUUUUUCAAUCACCCUUCUUUCUUUGUAAAUAAGGUUCGGGCGAACAGCUGGGAGAAUUUUUUGGAAAUUCAAUUAUUGUGGCACUUUUGAGUGGAGAGCAUUGUUCGCACCUUCCUGUUUACUGUUGCUGUGAUUCAUAGACAGUCAAAACAUUCCUGUCAGUGUUAAUGGCUUGUUUACUGAACAAAGACAAAAAAUUAAGAUGAUAUAUUUUGUCAAGCGCUCUGUUUUAGCUGUAUUUAAUAUUUAAUGCUUAUCUCUUCAACAAAUAUGACCCGAAUUUUCAAGAAACGAAAACUUGUUGAAGUGGUCGAAAUACAUAAUUUCUGAUUCGAGCUUACAAAAUGUAAAUGUUCAAAAUUUUUCCUAUAAAACAAAGUAUCUGUUUUUGUCUCUGUAUGUGGAUAUCCAAGCCUGUAUCUAAGUUUAGUUUUCUUGGUUUAAUAUUAAUUAAUGUACAGUUUGCUGGAAGACUUUUCGAGCUGAAUAAUUUGCCCUAUGCAUUCAUUAUUCAGAAGAUUCAAACUGAUAUUUGAUAAAUCAACCAUAGCAUUUCUUUAAGAAAUCAAUGAACAUGAAGUAGCAUAUAGUGAAAGUUGGAUAUCAAUUGCUGAAAAACGAAAACUUGUUGAAGUGGUCGAAAUACAUACCGUAAUUUCUGAUUCGAGCUUACAAAAUGUAAAUGUUCAAAAUUUUUCCUAUAAAACAAAGUAUCUGUUUUUGUCUCUGUAUGUGGAUAUCCAAGCCUGUAUCUAAGUUUAGUUUUCUUGGUUUAAUAUUAAUUAAUGUACAGUUUGCUGGAAGACUUUUCGAGCUGAAUAAUUUGCCCUAUGCAUUCAUUAUUCAGAAGAUUCAAACUGAUAUUUGAUAAAUCAACCAUAGCAUUUCUUUAAGAAAUCAAUGAACAUGAAGUAGCAUAUAGUGAAAGUUGGAUAUCAAUUGCUGGUACAUGACUUUCAGGUCCUUUUGUGGCGUAAAGAAUAAAUUGUCAGUUUUACCACAGUCUCCACUGAAAGGGCAUUUGAGGAGAGGGCUUUUAACUGAGGUUAUUUAUUAUUCCUCAAGACGUAAUGGGCUAUUGACUCAGAGGCCAUGAGGACAAGAGGAAUAACUGUUUUAGUAAAAUCCAACCAGUUGGUCAAAAAUAUCGAGACAAAACUACUUUAGCUAGGUAAAUCUAGACUUUAACCCUUUUUGGCCGCCAAAAAUACAGCGCUUUUCGCUACUAGUGGGCUAUAACAUAAAGCCUAGUAGUAGCUUAACCAAUCAGAACACAGCAUUGAUAAUAGACCACUAGCUAGAUUUUACUAAAAUCACAUAGCCAGCACUGGACUAAGUUUUGACCGGCUAAAAAUAGCUGUUGUUUUUUUUAGAUAACCUGCGACCUUCGUACAAAUUAUUGUCAAAAAACGUUUCAGGAUUUUGGGUUUUUCUGCAACAUCCAGCGAACUGUUACCGUAGCAUCCUCUGUAAUAACGAGCAAUAACAGCAAUAACAAACAGAAGCUGACAAAAAAAUGUGUUAGUGGCGAUGUACCGAUUCGUUUUCACCCUUCCAUAUCUGUGUUUCACUUGGAUUUGGAAGCUCUAUAGGAACACCUGAAACUUACCAUGUUUCAGUAUAUAAGAAGAUAAAAAAACUUAGAGCUAUAAAGGUAAAAGUUACUGCGCUUUUCAGAAACACGCGACCAAACGCAGCGAACCUUGAAACACAAAAAACAGAUCAAAAUCCACCCAUCACAAAUCGCAAACCAUGGCCUGACAUUAUAAUAACUAUAUUCUCAUAACCUUUGAUUCCUUUGAUCAUGUAUUGUUGUUGUUAGACUAAAUUUGAUGUUCAUCUCUCGUGGGACUUAAAGGAUUCAUAAUAUUGAGAGAUAAAGUUAACUUCUGUUUUCUAAGUUAAUUUAAUUUGUUUUCUGUAAAAUGAAUUUGUAGAACUUUUCUGGAAUUAUUGUCUGUGUCCUAACUUUUUUAUUUUUGCUUCUAGCCAUUGAAGAAGUUAACGACAUGCUUAGUUCAGAUUCUGGUUAUCGUGAAGUACAGGCCAUGGGAUGGCUUAGUGAACAAGUUCAUCUUGGUGGAGACAGCUCACACACAGACUGGAAACCUGUAUUUCUUGCUCUUACUGAGAAGGACAUGUUGUUAUAUGUGGCAGCUCCGUGGUCACGCGACGACUGGAGUGCUCCUGUUACUAGCCAUCCCUUGUUGGCAACAAGGUGAGUUACACCUGUUCUAUAAAGUGCAGUGAUAAAGAUACAGUCCACUCCCGAUAACUCGAACCUUCAAGGGAAAUCAAAAAAAGUUCAAGUUAUCGGGAGUUCGAGUUAUCGGGAGCCCGAAGAAAAUAGCCGAGAGUAAGGUAAAAAACAGUUUUUACUGCACAGUGAACAUUUCAAUCACAUUUAAUUGUAGAAAUGUCAAGUGAAAAUUAAAAGAUACUUCUAGAUUAUAAAUCAGAACGUAACGUAACAAACCAUAGCCUAAACAGAGCAUGCGUUUUACUCUUUUGAGAAGUAAAGCUGCUUCACGUUAGCCUGUGACAAUCAAUAUGUUAAAAUGUUUUAAAAUAAAAAUGUUUUAAAAUAAAAAUGUUUUAUUUUUUUCUCUCAAUUGAAACAUUCAAGUCUAGACAAACUGUCAUAUCAAAAUUUUAUUUACCUAUGACAUUUGCAGACUUGUUCAUUCUGGGCAAGGCAGUACUCACAUUCAUCAGGAAGACCUGACAUUUGGAACUCGUACUGGUACAAGAAAAGGAGUAGAGGCGCAUAUGUUUAGAGUGGAAACCCCAAGAGAGUUAGCUAACUGGUCACGCAGUUUGGUGCAGGGAGCCCAUGAUGCUGCUACACUGAUUAAAGAAAUAAACUGUGGUAAGAGCUUUAUUACUAGUAACUGGUGUUACAGGUUAUGGCCCUUAACAACAGCUCUGGCACUGGUGCCUUUUUAUGUUAAAAAUAUGCCAAUGUUAAUACAUAAGUGUGCAGCAAGGCUGUGAUUCAGCAAAACCUGGUGGCCCCUGGUGACUUUAUUUUGCCUUUGGACACCAUGGAAAUCUGACUUAUGCACAAAGCUAAGGUGCCACCCUAAGUUUGUUAUGUUCAGCACUUCUUGGCUCCCUUUACAACUUUUCCAAGAGCACAACCUUUCAAUAAUCAAUUGUCUCUAUCUAAAGGCCAAUUUUUGCUUACAGCUAUCGUGCGCAAGUAGUAUACUUCAUGACUUUCGACCAUCCACACGUGCACAAUUUUCACUUACGACAUCCACAAUGUGUGAUACGAAUGUGUGGGUCUAAUUUACAUGACACGAUCUGCCAUGAAGUCAUGCGGGCAUGAUAGUCGUAAGCAAAAGUUGUACUGUCUAAAUCAGCCUUAAGUAAGGUGUUUGCCUUAUCAAGAGCCAAAGAAAAUGAUGAAGAAUGGCAGGAACUAAGUCCUGUCUGUUAACCCUUUCAGCCCCAAUAUCCACAUACAAAUUCUCCAGACUGAUCUCCAUACAUUUCCUGCAAGAAUUAGUUGAGAAAAUUGACAAAAGAUUAAAGCAUUUUCCUACUGUUGAUAAUUUUAAUAAUUAUCAUAACCUUUUUUCACUUGAUAUUGUAAAUUGAUGGUUUUAGGAGAAAAGACUAAACGGGUUAAGAGAGAGAAAGACACUGAUAUUUAAAAAAGGCAAAUUGGAAGUGAAAAUUUUGUUUGGAUUUUUUUUUCAACAGCUGUAACCUGGAGAGACCAAGAUGCUCGUCUUACUGUUCAUUAUGAAAACGGAUUCACUCUGACUGAUGCUCGCAAUGAAGGCAAUGGACGAUCACAGGUCUUGUGGUACUUCCCAUUUGAAAAACUGAAACGCUCAGCUGAUGACGGACAAAGAAUGCUGUGGUUAGAAUUUGGAGCUGAUGAGUCAGACCAGGUAAUGAAGUACUCUGUAGCUGAUGACAGUUGUUUUAGUCACAGUAUUAUUAAUCAUGCUUUCAUUAAGUGAUGUCAAUAUUCCAAGGCCUGUAAAAAAAAUAGUAAAACAAGGAAGAAAACAACAAGAUGAUUAUCCUGGCCUGGAAAAGGAGCUACACUGUAAGGUGCAAAAAUGAAUUUUGAGCGCAAUAAAAUUGUUUUGAUGUCGCUUAGAAGUCAGGCAUUUGUUUUGUUUUCAAGAGCAGCAACCUUGAUGGGUAAUUUUAAGAUCCUCCCAGGGACUAGCGGUCUACUUAUUAAUUGUACAAAUUUCAAGGCAUAAUUGACCGUCAUUUGGCUGCUACUCAUUACAGUUUGCAAUAUUUCUGUAUGACUCUUGCCAUUUUCUCUCCCAAGAAUCAUCCUUCCUGAAUUUAAUCUCACAAAAUGUCUUUCUCUACAGGAAUUGGAUCUAGAGUUGGAUCUUCAUGGCUGCCCCAAACCAGUAGUGUUUGUUAUGCACACUUUCUUGUCAGCAAAAACAACUCGCCUUGGUCUCUUCGCUUGAGUGGCACAGUGAGAACAAUACUAUGGCUAAUGUUUCAUCCUUGUACUCUUAAUAACAAUUUUAUUAGUGCUUCCAGUUAGCAUUAAGUUAUCUUUUUAUCAUAUUGCAAUGUAAUGCAACCCUGAUGUUUAGCCUGGGGUUGAGAGAAGGGGCAGGGUUGGGGGGGUACUCAACACAGUUUCAUACAGGGAGGCUCUUCUCCAAGGUCCAACCCCUCACCCUUUUAUAUACCAUUUUUGACAAAAAUGCUACCCCUUACAUAUACCUUCCACUGACAAAUGACAUCUGUUUCACAUACCUACAUGUAGCUUAGAAUUUUGCAUCUUUUUAACUGCUGUGAAUGCACUGUAUUUCAAAUAUAAAUUUAUCAUAAAACAAGGAAAUUUUUUCGACUUUUUCAAAGCCUUUAUCCUUCUUAGGUCCUUUGACAGACCGAAAUGACAGAUUUCCGUACCCUUUCAAAUACAUCAGCCAUUGAAAUCUUUACCCUUUUAAGGUAAUGUUAAACAAGACGAUUUGCAGUGACGAUUUUUAGCGCAACACAGCAACAUUGUUGCAACAUUGUUUAAAAUGGUUACAACAUUGUUCCAAUAUUGCAACGCUGUAUUGCGCUAAGAAUCGCUGUCACAAAUCGUCCUUUGUAAUAUCACCUUUAAUUUAUAAAGCUGAAGCCUGAAAAAGGUACACCUUAUGGACAGAGCCUCCUUGUUUAGGCCAUUAAAGGGAGCACCCUCCCCACCCCACCCCCCCGACCCUUAUCCAUUUAGUCAUCUCAGGUAUAACUUACUGGUUCCCCGCUACUUACUGAUGUUGUUUUUAUGGAAUUUUUAUUUCUUGGAAAUUGACAGACCGCAAGUACUACCCAAAUCAAUAAACCAUUAGUUCUGCGAAAAAAUUGAUUGUUUGCAUUUGCAUUUGUUAAUAGCUCACAUGACCAUCCGUAGUGCGACUUUCCCUAAUUUAAGGGAGGCAAUUUCAAUGGCUCAAAUGUUUUGCAGUCAAAAUGAUCAUGAAUACUUUAGGUAGCACUUUUGUGCAUGGCAAAUCUGUAAAUUGGACAAGAUGCGAGGUAACGGAUUAUUGAUGAUAUUAUGAAAGGAGGUAGAGAUGUUCCUAGAGAAUUCUACUGUAGCAGUUAAAAACAAGGGCAUUCAAACCAUGAACCAUCAUUAUUGCUUUUGUAAAAGGGAAGGAAUGUCACGUGACCAACAGGGCACUUGCCAAUGGAAUUGUCAUGUGAGCUGUUAAAAAAUUCAAAUCGUGUGGUUGGUUUUUUGGGGAUGCUAACAGUUUAGUGAUUUCAGUAGUAAUGCCAAAGCUAAGAUGGCCCUCCCCUGCGGUGGUCUGGAGGUAUUUAACCCUCCCAAAACAUCGAGCAUCUUCUUCAGUGAAGAUUUCCUUUCUUACCAUGAAAACAUUUCAAGAUCAUUCUUGACUCUCAAGCCAGCAAAUUAAAACCUACAUGUAAUAUUAAAACAAAACAAAACAUUUCCCCAAAAAGUUUGUAAAUGCGCCCCCCUGGUUAAAACCGCCCUGUUGGUUUGGCUUUAUUAUUUGCCUACUUGGUAAAAAAUGGGUGAAAGUCACAUGAAAAGCUAAGCCUAAAAAGUUUACAUUUCAAUCUUUUACAUCCCCAACCACUUUAUCAUUCACAAAAACUAGUUUAAAAGUCAGUUUAAACAGCUUGUUGAAGUGCUGGAAAUUUACAGGGAGCAUUCUUGGAAUUUUAUACAUUGGAUUUUGAUAUUAAGAAGUUGUCAUUUGCAAGGUUUUGCAAUGGAAGGUUUUGUUCUUUGUAAAGAUGUUUCCACAAUAAUAAUGACAGGAUAGACAGAUUGACUUCAGAUGGUAUUUUUAAUCAUAAGACAUAAGUAAGUAGAUAUUACAUUUUAUAUUUGUAAUGGUUAUAUUGAUUGUAAAUUAUUCUUCAUUGAAUUUAAUGGGACUGUGAUCUUGCAUCAUAUUAAAAUAUGCUUACUAUCAAUAAAAUUACCAGCCUACAUGCAGAUGUCUCCUACUAGACCAUUUCCGAGUUCACCUGGGCCUCUGUAUCACAACGAGGUUAAGUGCUCAGCCUUUGAUAUGCAAAUGAGUUAUCAUUCUCAUGCCAAAAACUCAUUUUCACAAGAAAGGUUGUGCACUUGGCCUUAUUUUGAAAGUGAGGGUUUUUGGAACUCAGAAGUGGUCUAUUCCUUUGUUGCACGCGGAGAAGGGACACCAAAGAAAUAGGGGUGUCUGCACAAAGGCAAAAAAAUUUUACAUUUUAUUGUUUUGCAACUUAGACAUACAGUGCAAGAUUUUUCCUUGAUAUUACAGCUAUUUUCGUAUGACCUUGAAAUGAAAACGCGCGAACAAAACAGAAACAACAAACGAACAGAAAUAGAGUGAUUUGAUUGGUUUAUCGAACAGAUACAAACGUGCGUGGCUUUUGGUUGGUUAAGCGAACGCUCGCAUGAAAAACUUUCUAGAAAUCAACCAAUACUUUGCUUUGACGUGAUACUGCAACAUGAUUGGCUAAUUGAACAAUGCCUUCUCCAUAUUAGGGUUUCUUUGGCGGGAAAACGAAGAGGCCAUGUUUUGAUCUUUUCAUCCAUCAGCUGAUAAAACAAAUAACGAACAAGGUCACACGAAAAUGGCUCUGUUGUGUGUUAAGAGAAAGCGUUGGGCCUCACCAAGGUCAUGUACAUUAAUUUUAUACCGCUUUGAGUACUUUCAAGGGUGAUUUAAACUCACUUCCUUAAAAUAUUAAAUAAAAUCCUUUAGGUACAGUUAUGAUUCUUUUGUGUGUUGUACUUAAUAUACAUUUUCAUCCAAAUUAUAUUGUCUUGCUGAAGUCAAGUUAAAAUUGGCAUGGACAUUUGUGACUUCCACAUUGUAGUAAGUACAUUUGUUUUGCCAAAGCUAUUUGAAAAAAUAUUGAAUUGAUAACCAUCUCAGUCAACUUCAUUUUACUUUAUUGAAUAGUUUUGGAUUUAAGGAGAACCUUAACUGUCUAAAAUGAGAUUUUUUCUUAUUAAUUUAUAGUUUAAGUAGAACAUUAGUCAAGAGAACAGUAGUUAAAAGUCAUAAAUAUCGUGAUAGAAGUGUGUCAAUAAUUGCUAAAAUUGGUUUGAUAUGAUUCGACGUUGCCACGCUAUCUAAACUCUUAAAAAUAAAGUAUUUUUAGAAAUUG